GGUUAGGUUUUCACUUUUGUAUAAAUUGGAAGGAUGGGAAGACGGAGAUGAAGAUGGAGAUGGAGAGCAUGCAUCAUUGAGUUUACAGAGAUAUGAUGCAGGCCCCACAAAUACACACAAUCUGUGUGCAGACGCAACCUUAAGGGCUCUGCCCCACACCAGGUGUUUUGGCAGAUCUCACACGCCUCCACUCUGAAGCUCAUAUAAUUAGCCACCCUCAUCACCAUUCUUCUUCCUCACUUCACAUCUCCACUGCUUCUGCUUCUGCUUUCUACUACUUUUGUUCAUCUUCGUCACGGACUCACAUCCCAAAUUUAUUUCAUUUAUUUUUCUUUUUUAUUUAUGGUGCAGUGAAGUGAGAGAGAACCAGUGAUUUUUGGGUUCUCUCGAUUUUCGGUGAUCUCUUUGUCACAUCCCUGGAUUCUCUUGUUCGUACGUCGGUGAACGUGAAGAGAGUUUUAUAAAGCCUCCAUUUCAUCUGAAGCAAGCGUCGACUUCCAAGCGGAGAAAAACAGCUGUGGUCUGAGAGUUGAGAUUGAAUAGAAGCGGCGAGUCAGAUCGGUGGCGGUGAUUGUCAGAUGGGGAAUUGUCAAGCGGCGGAAGCGGCUACGGUGGUGAUUCAACAUCCUGGGAACAAGAUCGAGAGGAUUUACUGGUCAGUGAGUGCUCACGAGGUGAUGACUUCGAAUCCAGGCCACUAUGUCGCACUCGUCGUUACCUCUCCCACGGCCAAGUCCGAAAACGGUACUCCAUUGAAGCAGCUCAAGCUUCUCCGUCCAGACGAUACCUUGCUUAUCGGACAAGUUUAUCGCCUCGUCAGCUUCGAAGACGUGUUGAAAGAAUUCGCUGCGAAAAAGUCGGUGAAACUGGGGAAGCUGUUGAAGGAGAGAGGAGGGCUCGGAUUGGAGAAGACAAAGAGGAAGCACUCAAGUGGUUCAAAUUCGAAUCAGAAUCCGAAACCAGACAGCUACGGUACUGUUGAGGAUGAGCAGGAGGUUUAUGGAUUGGGAAGUAAUGUUGGCAGCAGCAGCAGCAGCAGCAGCAGAGGCUUGGGAAGGUAUCAGGGUGGUGGUGGGGGGCAAUGGAAACCAGCCUUACAGAGCAUUGCAGAAGUUGGAACUUGAACGCACUACCACCUUCCACACUCUCGCUUUCCUUGUCUCGACUCUCGUCCACCUCCCCCGCUGUCUCACCCUCCUACGAAUAAAAACAAAACCCCACCCAUCCAACCAUCCAACCAUCCUUUCUCUCUUUCCCAUAGCUUUUUAUCUUGUUUCUUCUCAGGACAAUGAACUAUUUCUAGGCAUAGGGUUUGUGCUAGAUGUGACCCGUUUGGAGUCUUUGGACUUGUAAGAUAUAUAAAUAUGUCUAAAUGUAACUUUAUUUGUUCAAUUAAAGUUGAUUUUGGUCUACCAAGCCAAACUUUUUGACUCA